AAUCAAGGCUUUGAGUCAGCACAGGUGAGCUGCUCGCGCCCUACUGAAUGCAACACUGCUCGAGGGCGAAUAGAAGGACAAGCAGGCGGUGCUGAAUCUUCUGUGAAGGGAAGGAACAUCUCUUCACCUGUUUUAACACCAGACGGCUCUGUAAAGUUCUCGUGGGCUCUAAAUUCAAAGUCUUAAGUGUUGUUUCACUAAAAGGAUGAGGGUGGACGAAACUUUGAAGUUAAGCGCAGUUUUUCUGUACGUCUUCCUAAGCUGUACAUUCAAAGGUACACACUGUGAGCUGGCUGUCUCUCCUGCUGGGCCCCCUCUGGUGAGCGCUGUGGCUGGCAGCAAUGUGACUCUGGCUGUGUCCUUCAGCGGUGCCCCUGACCCAGCAGUUACCUGGUUCAUGAGAAAUUUACCUGUCGUCACAUGGACUGUUGACUCAGCUAAUCCCCCUGACAUUGCUGAAAACAGAUCGAACGUGCUGAGGCUGGAAAAAGACGGAUCCCUUACAUUUGUUAACGUGCCACUUGAAUACACUGGGAACUACACAUUUGAGGUAACCAAGUCUGGAAUAGGAAAAGCCUCGACUGUUUUUGAGCUGAAAGUAUUUGAAAUCAUCCAGGAUGUGACUCUGACCACAAUGCCUGAUUUUGCCAUCGAGGGGACAGAGCGCUUCAAUAUACAGUACAACAUGAAGCAAGGAGUGAUUGAGCAGCAGAUGUGGUUCUUCAACGACAUGGAGAUAAAACCAAACUCGGACUACUUGAUGGAACAAAGGAGUCUUGUGAUCCUCGAGCCGACCCGAAGCGACUCAGGACGGUACUCUGUGUCUCUGACAAACCCCUUCAGCAGUGUGACAACUCACAUUAAUGUCACUGUGCUGUAUGGACCAGAUGAGCCCAUUCUUGAGGCACAUCCAGCAAUGUCUUUCUACGUGGUAGGAGACUCUGUGAACCUCUCCUGUCAGGCUGAAGGAGUCCCUCGGCCGACCGUUCAGUGGGUCUUUGAUGGUCAGAACAUUUCCGACAAAGAAGUUCUUAAUUUAACAAAAGUACAGACCAAUCAAGGAGGUGUUUAUACGUGCACAGUGCUCAAUACUCUGACUAAAAAGCAGCGCCAACACAACAUUUCUUUAAAUGUUUACGAGAGACCAGCUGGCAGCCCCCUGUGCUCAGUACAGUCGGUACAUAACAACACUGACCUGCAGUACCACUGUCGCUGGUCGGGGGGAACUCCAGAGGCCCAGCUGCAUUUUCCUGUGCUAAGCAGCAGCAGCAGUGGGGCAGGAAACUUCAGCCUGAACAUCACUGCGUCAGACAACCUCAACGGGAGACUGGUCACAUGCAUGGCGAACCACCCAAUCGAACAGAAUAAGUGCAACGUUACUGCAAGUAGUCCUGUGAAGUUCCUGCCCUUUAUGAGAACCACCAUCAACCUUGAGGGCAAAAUAGUUGUCACUAUCCACUGCGUCAGUGAGGCGUCGCCCGGCGCUGUGGUGUCAUGGUCCAAAGGAAGUGAGGCUGUGACUAACGGGGCAGCACAGCAGAUUAGCAGUAACACCACACAGCUCCAGAUUCGUUACUACAAUGUCAGCAACUUCCUCCUCCAAAACUACACCUGUACCUGCAGCAACCCUCUGGGCAGCCAGAGGAGGGAAAUUCAAUUAUUAGGACCGACCAUCUCAGAUUCCAGUUUGUUCCCUAAUCAAGAUGGAACCAUCGUCACGUUGACCUGGGAGGUCCCGCCAACCUCUAUUGUCACAGGUUUUGGCAUCCAGAUGAAAGGACCAGGCCUCCUGAGCCGAAAUCUUAAUGACACCAAAACUAAAGGAAGAUCAAAUACAUUUCAAACCGUUCUGCAGAAACCUGGCUCUGCUCGGAGUGUGGACAUCUUUGACCUUGAUCCAAAGAUGACGUACUGGAUCCGGAUCAUCCCCAUAGCCCGUAUGACUGAAGGAGAACCAUCCAAAGUCCACAGGAUUGGCCCAGGUGAAGGGCUCAGCGGCCCAGCCAUUGCUGGCAUUGCAGCUGGAAUCCCCUGCAGCCUUGUUUUCCUGUUCCUCUUGGCCGGCUUCAUCUACCUCUGUGUCGACUGGUACAAGAACAGACAUCGACAGGCAAGAUAUCCUGUUUCCAGAGCGGUUGAGAAGGCAAUAACAAUCCAAACUGAUUCAACUCCUCACAACCUGAUGCAUGUAGGGAGGAAGGCUCCCCCGGAUUACAACAGAUUAAAACUGACUCCCUCUGAAAGAUCAGUGGCUCUUCCCUCCUUUGUCCCUCCACCGCCUGUCAGAGUCGCUACAACUGUCUAAAAUGUGCUUUUAUGUGUGCAUUACUAUUUUUAUGUUUUAUUUUAAAUGUAAGAGAUUUCUUUCUAUAUUUUUUAACUAAAAUAAGGUUUGCCUUCAUGUAUUUAUUCCCGGACAUUUGUAUAAUCUGCAACGUAAAACGCCCAUACUUUGUGAGAGUAUUUCUUCAAAAUAAAUCAAAGUCUAAAUCAUC